AGGUGUGAUUUGUUAAUAAUAAUAUAUAUUUGCAUACCCAUAGAGACAAGCCCAUAUAUUUACAAACACGCGUACACAGCACAAAUAGAUUGUUUUUAUUUACAAAAACGUCCUUCAUGAAUUUGAGAGAAAAUGUUCCACUGUGUGGGUGGCUCGAGAACAUUAAUUGAGUCAAUGGUCAAAUUGGGAUUUAUAGUGGAAUGAAAUUGGUGCAAAACCCAAUUGAGCUUAUUGUGGAAACUUAUCUCAACAAAGGGUUCAGUGUUGAGUGUCUCAUGACAGAGGCUUUAUGAGUAACUUUGGUAGUAGAUUUUUCAUACUCAAGAGCAAUCAAUUUCAGGCAAGAAGAACAUUCUUGCAUAACCUGACAGUUGACGUCCGAUGAGAACAGACUGAGAAUGAGAAGAUCUGAAGCAUGCACUUCUGAGAAGUGAAAAUCCUUCCAUUUACCAUGGAGAUCAGGUUCAAAACUUUUGAUGCCCUGUCAAUCAGUAGAAUGAAGAAAUGGUUUGGUGUUGUUUUAGUUGCAUCAGUGUUUAUGCUGCUGGUCCUGAGAUAUGGCAUCACGAAAAAUACUAUUGGGCAAAAUUUUUUGACAACUCCAAUCUUCAAUACCACUGGCAUCAAUCCUCUUGAAUGGCUUGAUCCCGGAGUUCCACCUGCAGCUCAAAAUCCAGAGAAUGCUUCUAAAGUGGUAUCUGCUGAUAUCAUAGUCUUAAGUCUCUUUGCUAAGAGGAAUAUAUCCAAUGAAGAGCAAAAUUCCCUUCAAACAUGGAACCAUUUGAAAGACUUGAUUAAUCAUGCUCAGGGUCUACCUAAUGCAGUAGAUGCUAUUAAAGAAGCUGGAGGAGCGUGGAAUAUACUUGUGGAUUCAGUUGACAAGCAAAGACUUCAGAAUGAAAGUUCACAUGGGAGAGCAAAAGAGAAACAAUGUCCUCAUUUUCUUAAUAAAAUGAAUGCCACAGACCUUAAUAGUACCGGUUAUAAGUUGAGGGUUCCUUGUGGCCUGACUCAGGGUUCUGCCAUUACAAUUAUAGGAAUUCCAAAUGGUUUUCUUGGUAAUUUCCGUAUUGACUUAACUGGUGAACCACUUCCAGGGGAGCCUGAUCCACCCAACAUCUUGCAUUACAAUGUAAGACUUCAUGGUGAUAAGAUAACCGAGAACCCUGUAAUUGUCCAAAACACCUGGACUAUAGCUCAUGAUUGGGGUGAAGAGGAGCGUUGUCCAUCUCCUGCUCCUGAAAAAAUUAAGAAAGUGGAUGAGUUGGACCAAUGCAACAAGAUGGUGGGAAAAGAUGAUAACCAAGGAUCUAAGGCUAGAAAAUAUUUUCCUUUUAAGCAAAGUUAUCCAUUUGUUGCAACGCUUAGAGUGGGAUCAGAGGGGAUCCAGAUGACAGUUGAUGGAAAGCACAUUACAUCCUUUGCUUUCCGUGAAACAUUGGAGCCAUGGCUUGUAAGCGAAAUAAAAAUUUCAGGAGAUUUAAAGUUAAUAUCUGUCCUUGCAAGUGGUUUACCCACAUCAGAGGAUUCUGAGCAUAUAAUCGAUUUAGAAUCACUCAAAUCAUCUCCUCUCUCUCCUCGAAAACCAUUGGAUCUCUUCAUUGGUGUUUUCUCAAAUGCGAACAAUUUUAAGCGUAGGAUGGCUGUUCGAAGGACAUGGAUGCAGUAUCCUGCAGUGCGGUCAGGGACAGUUGCAGUUCGAUUUUUUGUUGGUUUGCAUAAAAACCAAAUAGUGAAUGAGGAACUCUGGAAUGAGGCACAGACAUAUGGAGACAUACAGUUGAUGCCUUUUGUUGACUACUACAGUCUUAUCACCUGGAAGACUUUAGCGAUUUGCAUAUUUGGUACGGAGGUUGUUUCUGCAAAGUUUGUUAUGAAGACAGAUGAUGAUGCAUUUGUUCGUGUGGAUGAAGUGCUCGCUUCUCUUAACAGGAUUAAUGUGAAUCAUGCAUUACUUUAUGGGCUCAUAAAUUCAGACUCCAGACCGCAUCGAAAUCCUGAUAGCAAGUGGUAUAUCAGCCCUGAGGAAUGGCGCGAUGAAACUUACCCACCUUGGGCGCAUGGUCCUGGUUAUGUCGUGUCACAUGACAUUUCAAAGGCAAUCUACAAGAAAUAUAAGGAAGGAAAUCUAAAGAUGUUUAAGCUAGAAGAUGUGGCAAUGGGAAUAUGGAUUGCAGAUUUGGCGAAGGGGGGUUUGAAAGUUCGGUAUGAGAAAGAAGGGAGGGUCUAUAACGAGGGGUGCAAGGAUGGUUAUGUUGUUGCUCAUUACCAAGGUCCCAGAGAGUUGCUCUGUUUGUGGCAGAAACUUCAAGAAGGAAAUCGUGCUAUGUGCUGUGGUGAUCGAUAAACAUAUUAGUUUCACUGGAGCUUUUUCAGGCUACAGGAUACUUGGCAAGAAGAGUAAAAAUCUUGGUAACGAGACUUAAAAAAAAUUUGACUGACCAGGAUUGUGAUAUAGACCAAAAAGAAGAAGAAAUUUCUCUCUUUUUCUUUCUAAUUAAAGGGAGCAAGGGAAUUUUUUGUGAGGGAGACGAGAGAGGGGCUUAGCAUUGUUGUAUAAGUAGGAAUUCUUAAUUAGUAAUUAGUAUAGUUCAGAGUUUUAAGAUAUGCUAUGUACGCAUUUUUCAUGACUUGGAAGGAUCUGUAUUACAUGUAGAGAGAUAGACAGCAGUACCUUGUAUAGAGUCCACUCUGUAAUAGGAUAUCACAAAUACUACCUAUAAUGUUGCUCCAAUUUUUUGUAUAAUUAAUACCAAGUUCCUUAAACCUUAA